UCUAUUAAUUUGACCCUAUAUCUGGCUUGCUCAUUCUGCGGUAGUGUUUAAACAUCUAGCUAGCCUUACGGGUAUAAAAAGGUGGGCAACUUCACCCUAUCCCAUAGCACUAGACCAAACAACACCUAUACUCCAUACUACCCUUCAUUCACCUGAUGGAGGAAGUGUUUCCGUCAAACUCCAAGAGCAAGGCAGGUCAGAUGGCGGGGGAGGCGAUAGCGGGGGCGGAGAAGAAGCCUCGGCCAAAGCCAGAGCAGAAGGUGGAAUGCCCUCGGUGCAAGUCUGGCAACACCAAGUUCUGCUACUACAACAACUAUAGUAUGUCUCAGCCCCGCUACUUCUGCAAGGCCUGCCGCCGCUACUGGACCCAUGGUGGCUCCCUCCGCAACGUCCCCAUCGGUGGUGGCUGCCGCAAGCCCAAGCGCUCGGGGACCUCCGACGCCCACAAGCUCGGCGUGGCCUCCUCACCGGAACCCACGACUGUCGUGCCCCCCUCGACCUGCACAGGGAUGAACUUUGCGAACGUCCUCCCGACGUUUAUGUCUGUUGGUUUUGAGAUUCCAAGCAGCCUUUCCCUAACCGCCUUUGGGUCAUCAUCGUCGUCCAACACGGCGGCGAUGAUGUCCCCUGGUGGGACGACGUCGUUUCUAGACGUGCUAAGAGGGGGUGCAGGAGGGCUUCUUGAUGGCAGCCUCAGUCAGAACAAUGGCUACUACUAUGGUGGGCCAGCCAUUGGAUCAGGCAAUGGGAUGCUGAUGACGCCGCCAGCGGCGUCAUUUGGCAUUCCAGUUCCGAUGCAGCAGCAUGGCGAUCUCGUGGUUGGUGGAAAUGGAAUAGGUGCCGCAACUGCUUCAAUAUUUCAAGGGGCCACUAGCGAGGAAGGAGAUGACGGCACGGGGGGCGUGAUGGGGCUCCAAUGGCAACCACAGGUUGGCAAUGGUGGAGGUGGUGGUGGUGUAUCAGGAGGCGUGCAUCACCUCGGGACUGGGAACAAUGUGACGAUGGGCAACAGCAACAUACACAACAACAACAAUAACGACAGCGGCGGUGAUGACAACAAUGGUGGGUCAUCGAGGGAUUGCUACUGGAUCAACAAUGGAGGAUCAAACCCAUGGCAGAGCCUCCUCAACAGCAGCUCCCUGAUGUAAGUGCAAGAAGAAAAUGGGAAAUGGAGGUCAUUGAAUUGGUGAAGUGGGUCAAUCGUUUUCUUACUAGUUUCGGCGCUUCUUCUUCUUUUACUUGCUUGACUUAUUUCGCUCCAUCAUUUUCAUGUUUUGUUUAAGUGGGGAUUGUUUUGUUUAUUUGAGUGAAACUCCAGACAAUGUGUGUCAUCUGCGAUGCUUAAUUAAGUAUUGUUUGUUUCAUGACAUUAGUAAUUGAAGGAUUUAUGGUUUAAGCUUUA